CAGUUCUCCGUAGUGCCAUUGAAGUGAGUCAUCCUAGUGUGGUGAAGGAAUAGAAAAAGAAAGAUAGAACUGUUCCAGGGUAACAGUGGAGGCCUAAAGUGUGUCGCGGGGAAGAGAUUCUGUAGAGUAGGCUGGGGUGGAAAGCAAUUUUAAAGCCUCUGUGUGUGACUCACUCGCAACGCAAGUCUAUUCACCGUCAACUCUGGAUUGACUGCGAAAGUAGGUGACUUUUGUUCUUGAAGUUGGCUCUUGUAGCACACCUGAAUAGGCUACAGCAGUGACAAGGGAAAGAACAGUAGCCGAAGUUAUCCUCAAGCAGGAUAUAAUUAUUUGGAGUGGACAAAAAAAUAUAAAUAUUUUCAGUUUUAUUUCUAGUUAAUUACCUUAAAAUAUUUAAUUUCGAAGAGCCUGGAUUUAUUGUACCAAUAACCUAUUUGAAAACACUUUUUUUCUGGAUUUCCACGUGUUUUAACGACUAUUGCUUUCAAGUUGGUCACUUUCCAAUCUGGUCCACUUUCAGCUCCCAAAAGGGAUUCCACAGUCAGAGGAUUUUUUGAGAGUUAGGAGCUCAUAUCAACUACUGAAAUCUUCCUCUUUCCUGGAUCAUGUACCAGGACUACUCCGUGAACUACGACACCUCGUCCUGCGGCAGCAGCACUUCGCCGGUCCAGCCAGAGUCGUUCACAAGCGGCAGCAGCACGAUCGGCAGUCCGAUCUCUACCUCAAGCUACCAGAAAUACCGGGUCGACAUGCCUGGCUCUAGCAGUGCCUUCAUCCCUACGAUAAACGCCAUCACGACCAGCCAGGACCUGCAGUGGAUGGUGCAGCCCACAGUGAUCACCUCUAUGUCCAACCCGUAUUCACGCUCCCACCCUUAUGGCCACCACCUCUCCAACGGCCCCGGGCUCCUGGGACACACCACCCUGGCCCGUCCGGGUGUCAUCCGCUCCAUUGGGGACACCCGCGGACGCCGCAGGAGAGAUGAGCAGCUUACCCCUGAAGAAGAGGAGAAGAGGAGGGUGAGACGCGAGAGGAACAAGUUGGCUGCCGCCAAGUGCCGCAACCGCAGACGGGAACUCACUGAGACGCUCCAAGGAGAGACUGAGGAGCUGGAGGACGAGAAGGCUGAUCUACAGAAAGAGAUCGAGACACUGCAGAAGGAGAAGGACAAGUUGGAGUUUAUGCUGGUGGCCCACAACCCCAUGUGCAAACUGCCCCCCGACGAUCGCCACCAGGGGGGCCACCACCACCAGCAGCAGUGCGCUCCUCUCCCGCUGACCAUGCGCAACAAUCUGUGUCCCCGAGGCCUCAUCAACCCCGUUGUGGUGAAGCAAGAACCACAAGAGGACGACGAGGACGGCAAGUCCCAGCGCUCCGUCAUCAAGCCCAUCUGUCUUGGCGGAGGUGGUGGGAUUUACUGCGAUAGCGACAGCCUCAACACUCCGGUGGUGGCCGCCUCCACCCCGGCCUCCACACCCAGCGCCCCUAGCCUCAUCUUCACCUACCCCAGCAUGCUGGAGUCCGAGAGCCCCUCGCCGUCCUCAGAGUCCUGCUCCAAAGCCCACCGGCGCAGCAGCAGCAGCGGGGAUCAGUCUUCAGACUCCCUCAACUCACCUACCCUCCUGGCCCUCUGAGCAGGGGCAGUAAGGUGAUGUUGUGCGGAGGGCGAGCAGCGCCCCUUACCGACUUGGAAGACAAAGAGCACACUCAAGCCUGGACCAAGCCAACCGGUAACUGUUUCCUUGACAUCAGGAACCCUCAAGGGCUAAGCCGCUUGUUUUUCUUGUACGCUUCAGUGUGAUUUUUUAUACCCAAAGUGUGUGCACCUGUACCAGCCAGUGUCAUCCCUUCUCCAUUUCAACUCCAGCACAAUUUGUUUUUUGAACAAUGAACAUAUGACAUGGAGGUUAGAAAUGACAGCAGAGGCAGUCAUAAGAGGAGAAAACUGGUGAAAGCAAGACAUAUUUUUCGAUCAACAUUGAGUAAAGCCAUCGGGCAAAAGUUGCACUCUGCUAUGAUCAAUCUACCAAUGAAUGACUAAAUGAGAGACAAUGGGAGGGAUAUAGAAACAAUGGAGAGAUUUUAAAAGCAGACUCGUCUUUUUUUUUUUAUGUGGAUGCGCCGAUACGCUAAUAAACAUAUGACUUUAUUUUCAUCUCUAAUUGUAUUUAUGACCUGUGCUGUGUGACCUUGCGUUCUGGUGUUGUUGUCUCCUGAUGGUUAACUGGGUGAGCCUCAAAGCCUCAGUGUCUCAAACAAAAAUAGCCAAUUUUUAUCCAUUGCCUAGACCCUCAACACUCUACUCCGAAUAUCGGUCAAAGUAUCGAUGGCCAUCGUAUUGUGUGCUUUUCUCAGUAAUGUACCUGAACUUUACUAUGUGUUUUAAUACAUGUUUGUGUGAUUUACAUUGAUGUCAGGGAUUUCUCUUCGGUGUGGUUGUUGAUAACUAUUUUAAGGAGCAGCAUGGGAAGCGUCGGGGCUCAAAUGCUUGAGUGUUAUAUGAGGAGAAAUUCAAACCGUGGACCCUUCUACUUCUGAAAUGAUGUCAUUCACCAAGACAGUUCGACCAAUGAGGGUAUUAUGACCAACUCCUUAUACCCCCAAUACUUAUGGAGGUGAGGUUCAAGCAGACACUCUAGAGCUUCAUUGAAAGUCAUUUUUUUUUGGGGGGGGGGGGGGGGGGGUGAUUGAAUUGCAAUAUUUAAGACCUGUUUACUUCAAACAUUCCUUACACAGUCAGUGAGUGUCAUGGCCUUGCUGUGAUCACGGGACAGAAGACUUGCUGAACAAUUUUUGUUGUGCUGGGUGCAGCAAAUAAGACUGUGCAAAAAAAUCAUUGCUGCUGCUGUUGUUGUGGACUGACCAGCCUUGAAGGAGAACACAUCACUUAUUUAUCUUUGUGUGGAUGGUCGUGAGGUAAACUUCACUGGAUAGUUAUGGUAUCACAUGAUAGCAUUUGAACAACAACACCCAUCAUGCAUUGCGGCAAAUUGCAGACCGGAAAAAAAGAUACCAAAAACCAUUGUGGGAGAGAGUGUGUUCUUAGUCUGUUCGAGUUUUUUGAACCCCUUAGAAACACGUAGGAAAGCCAUUGACUCUAGAUCUUCUACUGUACGUGUCAUCUACUGUACGUCUUCUGUUUCUGACAUCUAUUUCCUCUUUUCUCAAAUGCUUUAACCGUUUAAAAUGAUUGAAAACAAACAAAAACAGCAAUAUGUAUAGCAGUGUUUGUUCAUUUCGUAAUUUAAAUCAAUAAUUCUAAUAAAAAAAGCAUUUUCAACAAAGAA